UGAUAAGAUAUAUUGAAGUGUUCAAUUACAAUAACUGCAAUUUUAUCAAAUAUGUGUGAAAAAUAUCAUGGUUACAACAAUUAAAAUAACAUGUGAUGGAGUGUUCAUCCAAUCCAACUCUUAUUUGACAUCAAAUUCAAAUAGAACAACAAACGCUUCAAUCAAUAGAUCAAAUGCUAAUGAAGUGACAAAAUCGGAUACAAAAUCAGAUAAACAAAAUUGUCAAAGAGUUUCUCUAAAAGCGAUAAAUAAUCGUUCUGACAAAAUUAAACACUCAAAUAUAGCAACAACUAAAACAGAUAAAAUUAUUGCAACAAUAACAAAUGACACUAACAAGGCAAAGACUGCAACAUCUACUUCAACUUGUUCUCAUUUAACAUCUAAUAGCUCGGUCAAAAAUAACAGUAGUCAAUUAAAAUCUUAUAAAACCUCACCGACUGCAUCAGUAAAAUUAAGAAAUAAUAAAAAAACGGAUGCCCGUCGUCGUUACUAUUUUGGCAGUAAUAAUAUCUAUUGGUGUAAAGAAACUCUUGGAGUCUUAAAUGCUAAUAAAUAUAAUGAUAACAAUACCAGCGGAAAAAUAAACACGAAAAGCAUUAAUAGUGGUCCUACGAGACGUAUUUCGCGUAGUGUUAGUAGUGUUACUCAUAAAGAACUUGAAAAUGUUUAUAAAAAUGCUGUAAGUGCUAAAAAUCGGCGUAAACCUUUUAAUUGGAAAAGUUUAAGUGCUGCUUGCAAAAAUCAAAAUAACGAAAAAACUACCUCUAAAUUCUAUUUCUCAGAUAAAUGUUCUGAUCUCGGUACAGCUAAAAAACCAGUGUUAAAAAAUUCUAAUACCAAAACAUCUACUAUAUCGAUUUUAAUCGGAGAAAACGGUUCGAAGAAAGUCUAUAAUACGAAAAGUUAUUUUGACAAUCGUUUGCUUAGUUUUAUCCGUUCAGCACGUAAAAUUUAUCGUCAAAACAGUGAUCGUAAUAGUAGUGGUAACAUUUCAAUAGAUACCACAGAUAAAGCUACAAUUUCUAGUAAAAAACCUUUAACGAAGUCAUACUCCAAUGAUGAAAAAAGCACUUUAAAAAAUAAAGAUAAACUUUAUGAUAAUUUGGCAACAAUAAAUGCAGCAGCUGAUUUAAGCGAUGACUGGUUUGACGAAGAGACUUCACUGAAUGAAAAUACUAAAACGUUGGAAAGGCAACCAUUAGAAAAUAAAUCAAAACUCAAACAACGCCAGCAAAAUAAGCAGAAACAGGAACAGCAGCAAUUGAACAUAGACGAUAAAAAAACGAUAUCAUCCUCAUUAGAUAUACGGAUUGGUGCAAAAACUGUCGAUAUAAAACCACUUAAAAAAUCCUCUGUAGCAAAAGUAAAAUCAUCGCCUCCAACGUUAGUUAACAAUAAAAACUGUGAGGAUAAAACAAGUGGUAUACUAACACCACCGAAGGCAGAACUGCCGACUGCAACGAUAGUAGCAGCAACAGUUAUGAACAGUCACGCUACAGCAACACAAAGCGGACAAACAUCAGUCGUUGGUCAUCAUCGUGGUUUUUCACAACCUUCAGUAACAGUGGCGACUAAUUCAGCAGGUGAUCCAUGGUUUUUACAAUCCACCGGGCAUCAAAUGCCACCAACAGCACCACUACGUCACAAUAAACGACCAGCACCGCAGCCGAAUGUAAGUGGUAGCGGUUUAGUCGGUAAUAGUGCAGCUGGUGCAUUACUGGCUGGCAGUAAUAUUGUGCCAGCAGCUGGUGUUAGCGGUUUGUUACAUCAGCAGCAAUUAAGCCAGUCACAGCCACAUAUUGUACCCCCAAGUAUACCGCCGCAUCAUCAUAAUAAUGUGAGUCAGCACCACAAUGCGAUUCAUUUAUCCUCGCAUGCACUUAAUAGUCAUAAUUUAAUAACAUCCGCUUCCAAUCAUUCACCUAAAUCACCUAAUCAACAUCAGCAUCAACAACAAUUAGCAGCUACCACAACACAAACGCAACAAUUGCAGCAACAUCCCCAUGCACACUCCCACGGUCACAUAUUAUCCACAUUUGCGCCACCAUCGCAACAACAAACGACUGCAACAGGCGCAACAAAUUGUACAGCGGCAGCUGUUGCAGCAAUAACACAACAACAACAACAGCAACAUUUGCAGUUGCUCUCUUCCAAUAAUUCUAAUAACAAUUUAAUGUCGUCAUCAAUGAAUGCGGCACAUUUAGUUGGUCAAAAUACGCAUAACGCGCUCUCAUUGCAUGAAAGAGGCCUACCACCAAAAAAUCUAAGUGUCGCCAAUAGUGCGCUGCAUGGCAGCAAUAUGUUGCUACAUACAACAGUACAACAGCAUCAAUUGCAGCCAACAUCAUUGACUUCUUCACAACAACAGCAACAACAGACAAAUUCUGCUACAACGGGUAUGUCAACUUCUUUGCACAGUUUUGACAUAAAUGGAGGUAAUGGCACAUCGUGGGCGAAUACGGGCAGCUCAUCGCUGUCGCCAACUAGUGCAAUGGUGCCAACAAUACAACAGCAGCAGCAGCAACAGCAACAAAGGAAAUGCGAAGUCAAAUUGAAUGCAAUGCCUUGGUUUCAUGGUAGUAUUACACGCGACGAAGCAGAACACCUAUUGCAACCCCGUGACGAUGGUCUCUUCUUGGUUCGAGAAUCAACAAACUUCCCUGGUGAUUACACAUUAUGCGUCUGCUUUCAAGGCAAAGUGGAACAUUAUCGUGUAAAAUACUUAGAAAAUAAAUUAACCAUUGACGAUGAGGAAUACUUUGAAAAUUUAGGACAACUAGUGGCUCAUUACGAAGCUGAUGCUGAUGGUUUGUGCACACAACUCAUUAAGUGUUUACCAAAGAAAGGCAAACAAGAGUUCUGUAUAAAUUCUAAAGAUUUUGUGGACAAAGGUUGGGUUAUACCCGAAGCUGAUUUACAGUUGCGUGAAAGCAUUGGAAAAGGCGAGUUUGGUGAUGUGUUGCUAGGAAUAUUGCGCAAUGAGAAAGUUGCUGUAAAAAUGCUUAAGGAUGAAGGAGCUGUACAAAAGUUUUUAGCGGAAGCUUCUGUUAUGACCACUUUGGAACAUGAAAAUCUUGUAAAGUUUAUUGGUCUCGUAUUUACAAGUAAACAUCUUUAUUUAGUAACAGAGUACAUGAGCAAAGGAUCACUGGUUGAUUACUUAAGGUCGCGGGGACGGCAACAUAUAACGAAAAAAGAUCAAAUCAAUUUUGCCUAUGACACGGCUUCAGGCAUGGAAUAUUUAGAAGCCAAAAAAGUUGUACAUCGUGAUUUGGCAGCCCGUAAUGUUUUAAUUUCAGAGGAUUGUGUUGCUAAGGUGUCAGAUUUUGGCUUAGCACGCGAAGAAUGUUAUUAUAAUUUAGAUGUUGGUAAAUUACCAAUUAAGUGGACAGCACCCGAAGCUCUAAAAAAUGGCCGUUUCUCAAAUAAAUCAGAUAUGUGGAGUUUUGGAAUAUUGCUUUGGGAGAUUUAUUCGUUUGGUAGAGUUCCUUAUCCUAGAAUCCCUCUCUCUGAAGUUGUUAAGCAUGUUGAAGUUGGUUACAAAAUGGAAGCACCAGAAGGUUGCCCACCUGAAAUAUACGAAAUGAUGCGUCAGUCUUGGGACUUAAAUCCUAUUAAGAGACCAACAUUUGCAGAAUUAAAAGUUAAAUUGUUACAUCUUAAAAAUGCAACUGCGUGAGAUAAUCCUUAUUAAUAAAAAAAAGCAAACAUAAGAAAAACCAUAUAUAAUAAAUAUAGUAAAUAAUAUUAAGAGAGGAGGAGGGCAACUUCUCAAUUAAACAUGUAAAAAUACAAAAAAUAAUUAAUAUUUAAAUGAAUGUAAAACAAAACUUGUAUAAGUUAUUUAACGCAACAAUUUUAAUAAUUUAUUUAAACUAUUAACUUCAUACAUGUGUACGUGCAACAACAAUAUUACAAAUUU